GUCCAAUGGAGUGUGACGAGGAAGACCAAAUCCAGUUUGAUGAUGAAGACUUCCAGACCCAGAACAAAGAAGACCAACAGGAGCAGGCAGAGGAAGAGGAGGAAAAUGGAGAGAUGAUGAUCGAUGGAGGUUUGGAGGACUGGGACCAGUUUAACUCAGCUGGACCAAGUCUGGUGGAGGCUGUGGCUGAGUGGAGCCCAGGUGGACCAGUGGCCCCACAGCAGGUUCUUCAGCUGGAUGGUUACACAAAAAAUUACCUGUGUUUACCUGAGGACAACAUCUACAAUGUGAGCUUCUCUCGCUUCAAGAUCAGAGAUCUGGACAGUGGAGCUGUCAUUUUAGAUAUUAAAAAACAUCAACCAACUGAAAUUCAGGACAUCAUCGACUGUGAUCCCAACAGAUUCAUCCAGUAUCACUUCUCUCCGGCAUUUCUGGCCCUCAGAGAAAUUGGAGCUACGUUGGAGUUCACAGUGGGCAGCAAGGCUCUAAACUGCUUUCGUCUCAUUGAGAGACACUUCUUUAAAAACCUCCUUCUCAAAACCUUUGACUUUGAGAUCGGCUUCUGCAUCCCCCACAGCAGGAACACCUGUGAACACAUCUACUGCUUACCUGACCUGGAGCCUCAUGUUGUUGAAGACAUGAUCGCCAACCCGUUUGAGACUCGCUCGGACAGUUUUUACUUUGUCAACAACAAGCUGAUCAUGCAUCACAAAGCAGAGUACUCCUUUGCUGCACAAACAGACGCCAGCAGAGGGAAUAACGUGAACAGUGUUGGAUAGUAGAUGAAAAUGUUCAUUUUAUGGUUAGCAUAAUAAACUCCUCACUUCUCUGGAUGUUUACUGUGUUUACAAAUGAUCAGUGUGAAGGAGGAGGAGUUUGUGGUUUGAUCUUUGCUGAUGAAUAUGUCAAAUAAAGCAAAUGGGUUUUUGAGUAGCAUCUA